AUGAGUUCGCACGCGUGGCAGAAAAGCAAAAGGUGGAGUCUGGCAGGAAAGCUGUGGCCUGUUGCUAUCGCGGCUCUCAGCUCGCGAGGGCUUCGCCGACUGGUGCUAGCGGCUUCUGCCUUCAGUGACAUCCUAGAAGAUGCAGGCGAGACAGCCGCAGCCUACGGCGGACAUCCGCUUGCCCAACUUACUCCAGCAAGGAGGGGGCAAGUGCUGCAAGAUGUGGUGCAGUCUGUUCUGCGCAGAUGCUACCGAAGUGAAGUGGCAAUGCCACUGCCUAGGUUGAAUGCCCGUGGGGUUGCAUGUGGGUCACAUCAGGCAGAGUAUGACUUCAGUCUGAGUGGUAGGCGAGUCGAAUGCAAGAGCGCACAGCUCUACUGGUGCCGCGGCAAUGCCCGGUGGCAGGCACAGUUUCGCCACAUCAAGUUGCAUCGAAAUCAGUUCGACGACCUAUACCUUGCCUUGUAUACUCCCAGCGACCUCCUGAUCCUCCAGCACGACCUGUAUACCCUGGUGCACAGUCAGGGGAAGUUGGAUGUUGAACGAGGUGUCGGUAUUCGCGUCGGGGGUCCAAAGCACGAGAGAUCUUGGAGUGUAGCCGCCUGUCAUAUCAGGGAGCGCUUCUUGAAUCCACCCAGCAACUGUCGAUUUGUAGCCCGACUCGAUGCAAAUGGCCCUGAGAUCACCGAAGGCUUAUCAGGUGUGCGGGAAUCCUUUGCUUUGCAGCUUAGUCACCAUGCUUUUGACGGAACGCCGCUUCAACACGCUAGCCCCACGGUGCGAGGCUUGCGCGUUGAAGCCUUGGCUUUCGAAAUCGACAAGAUGUUAAACGCUCCGGCGCGCUUUCGCAGAAGCUUCAGUGAGAAGACAGCGGCUAGUUGCUUGAAGGGGCUGCCGGCAUCUAGUUGCGAUUGGCUCAGGAAUGAUAUCCGAGUCGAAGUGAAGCACAGCAGGCUCCAGUUCGACGAGUCUCGCGGACGUUGGCUAUGCAGCUUCAGCGGCCUCAAGACGGCUUCUGCAAUAUCUGGGGCAGCACAAAUGUUUGACGAGCUGUGGCUGGCAGUGUUUAGCCCCAUUGGAUUGCACUUCUUGAAAUGCAGCGGGAUGUUCGGGGCGACCUUGGCACGUAGGUCUGAAGGAACACGCUUCUACGUUCAUGGCCCGGCUCAUGAGCCCGAUGUACACUCAGCCUUGCAGCAUAUUCUCGACAAGAUGACGAAGGGCGGCUGUUGCCUCAUUGCGACUGUUCUUUUCGACCGACACUUCCCUUGA